CCCCGGCCACUGACCCCACCCCUGGCCUCAAAACUUAAAGGAGGCCGGAGCUGUUCAGGGAGAUUGGAGCUGAGUUCCUCCAGGAGUCCAGGGCUGGAGAGAAGCCUCUGCGAGGGAGAGAAGCCGCAGGAAGGGGCGAAUUUAAGGGACAUCCUGAAGAAAUGAUGAAUAAAAUGGAGAGAGAGCUCUUGUAUGCAUUGCUGCUUUGCGGAGCAGUCCUCACCCUGUCCAGCCAGGAGACCCGUGCCCGGUUCAAAAGAGGAGCCAGAUCUUACAGAGUGACCUGCAGAGAUGAAACAUCACAGGCCACAUACCAGCAACAGGAGUCGUGGCUGCGCCCCGCACCCUGGAGUGACCGUGUGGAGUACUGCUGGUGCAACAGUGGCAGGCCCCAGUGCCACUCAGUUCCUGUCAAAAGUUGUAGCGAGCAGAGGUGUUUCAGUGGGGGAACAUGUCGGCAGGCCCUGUAUUUCUCAGAUUUUAUCUGCCAGUGCCCUGAAGGGUUUGUUGGAAAACGCUGUGAGAUAGAUGCCAGUGCCACAUGCUACAAGGACCAGGGCAUCACCUACAGGGGCAUGUGGAGCACAGCGGAGAGUGGGGCAGAGUGCGUUAGCUGGAACAGCAGUGCACUGGCCCUGAAGCCCUACAGCGCACGGCGGCCAGACGCGGUCAAACUGGGCCUCGGGAACCACAACUACUGCAGAAACCCAGACCAAGACUCAAAGCCCUGGUGCUAUGUGUUUAAGGCAGGGAAGUACAGCUCGGAGUUCUGCAGCAUACCAACCUGCUCCAGGGGAAAAAACAGGGACUGCUACUUUGGAAAAGGGUUAGCAUACCGGGGCUCCCACAGCCUCACCACAUCCGGUGCCUCUUGCCUCCAGUGGAAUUCUGUGAUCCUGCUAGGGAAGAUUUACACAGCACGCAAGACCAAUGCCCAGGCACUGGGCCUGGGCAAACACAACCACUGCCGGAACCCAGAUGGGGACACCAAGCCAUGGUGCCACGUGCUGAAGGACCGCAGGCUGACGUGGGAGUACUGCGACAUGCCCCAGUGCUCCACCUGUGGCCUGCGACAGUACAAGCAGCCCCAGUUUCGCAUUAAGGGAGGACUCUUCGCAGACAUCACCUCCCACCCCUGGCAGGCUGCCAUCUUUGCCAGGUACAGGAGAGAGCCAAGCGAGAAGUUUCUGUGCGGGGGAAUACUGAUUGACUCCUGCUGGGUGCUGUCUGCUGCCCACUGCUUCCAGGAGAGGUUUCCUCCCCACCACCUUAAGGUGGUCUUGGGCAGAACAUACCGGUUGGUCCCUGGAGAGGAGGAGCAGAAAUUCGAAGUAGAAAAAUACAUCGUGCACAGGGACUUUGAUGACGACACUUACAACAAUGACAUUGCACUGCUGCAGCUGAGAUCAGAUUCGCAGCGCUGUGCCCAGGAGAGCAGCACUGUCCGCACCAUCUGUCUCCCCGAAGCCGGCCUGCAGCUGCCCGACUGGACUGAGUGCGAGCUCUCUGGCUAUGGCAAGCACGAGGCAUUUUCUCCUUUCUAUUCCGAGCAGCUGAAGGAGGCUCACGUCAGAUUGUACCCAUCUAGCCGCUGCACAUCGCAACACUUGUUCAAUAAAACCGUCACAGAUAAUAUGCUAUGUGCUGGAGACACCCGAAGUGGAGGGAACCAUGCACACCUACACGACGCCUGCCAGGGUGACUCAGGAGGCCCCUUGGUGUGCAUGAGGGACAGUCGCAUGACUCUGGUUGGCAUCAUCAGUUGGGGUGUUGGCUGUGGGCAGAAGGAUGUUCCAGGUGUAUAUACCAAGGUUACUAAUUACCUAGACUGGAUUCAAGACAAUAUGUGACCAUGACCAAGAAAACCCAACUCCCUGAAACCAAAUGAGACCCUGCUUCUCCCUCUUCAGAACACAUACUGCAAAGACGGAGUGUUCCUUUCACACAGAUUUCUCCAUAAACCACCACUCAGCAGAAACAGCAGGAGAUCCGAUGGGAGCGGGAGGAGCAUAUAUUUUCAUCGGUACUUCCUAUUUUGGAAGUUUUCAGGGCUAUGGUCUGAUUUCAGAAUGUAAUGUCAGAUGGGAAGACAGAUAAAUACAUGCUAACCCCUUCUGGAAUACCACCAUUGUAAGCCAACCCAUUUCCAACCAAAAACCCAACCUCCUAAUCUGUCAACAUGAGCAGCUUUGGAAAUGAGACCAUAAAGAUAAAGGCAUGUCUCAAUAGUAAGAAAUAACUAGAUCCUUCAGGAAAGGAAGAUUGCACUAGAAAUAGAAUGUGUAUUUAUAACCACAAGAGGCUCAGCAAGACCUCCAAAUAAGGGAUGGGCUGGCCAGCCCGACCAUGUUCCUCAAAACCAUCCGUUAGACCAAGUCUUCUGGGCUGACCAGUUGGCUUAGUUGGUUAGAGCGUGGUGUUGAUAAUGCCAAGGUCAAGGGUUUUGAUGCCCUUACUGGCCAGCUGCUGAUAAAAUAAACUGAGUCUUCUGCUUUCCCCUUCCUCCACUCCACAACUCUGGGAAGGUAUUCCUUUUGUGUACAGUGUGAAUGUUUUUUCCUUAUAAACUUUACAGUAGAACGGGAGAAUUGUAUUAUGUUAAUAACAGAUAAACUAGGCUUUAACACGUUUCUAUCAGUCCAUUUUAGUUUUACUUUGUUGCCACAACCCUGUAUUAUAGUGUACUUAAAUA